AUGGGCAAGCUCCAGCCCACCUUUUCUUCUCGCGCUGCCUCAGCCUCGUCUGGCCUUGAAGCGAGCGACGCUGCGACUUCUGGCCCCUCUGCGUCCGUCCCGCACGACUCGGCGGACGACGACGAGCUCGCCACCCCGCGUCCGCAGAUGACUCACGCCGAGAUCGUGGUCGCCAACGGACCUUACGAAGCCCAAGCCAGCCUUGUGCUCAACGCGUUCACCGCCUAUGACGGUGCCCCUCCCGAGGAGAAGGCGUUCUACAAGCGCGCCCUCGAAGACGUCAUCGCGUCCUCUCCGCCCAUGGUGCACACCAUCACGCCGUCCCAGGCCCUGGUGCACGAGAGGAACCGCGUGUUCCACGAGGCCUCGGAGGAGCGCCACCGCCAGAUUGUGGCGCAGCUCCAGGAGACGCUACAGCUCGUCCGGCUCCUCGACGCCGAGAGGCCCGAGGCCCUUGCUGCCGGCGGCGGCGGCGGCGAGGAGAUGAUCGCUCGCCUGGUCGAACGCGCGGCGGCGUAUACCCCCCGCCCGCUCCGCGAGUGGUUCAAGAAGAUCUCCAUUGCCGUCGUUGAUGAGGUGGUUGAGGUUGAGGACGAGGAGGAUGAGGACGAGGAGGACGAGGAGUGGGUCACUGAGAACGACAACGACGCCGGUGACGACGAGAUGGGCAACAACGCGACUGUCAAUGCCGAAGACGAGGUCGAGGGCCGCGCCUAG